CCCGACUGCAUCCGCAACCAUGCUGAUCACGAAGAAGAACCGCCUCGCGAUCCUCUCCUACCUCUUCAAGGAGGGCGUGAUCGUCGCCGAGAAGACGACCGGCCACACUGACCGCAAUGCCCUCAUGCUCCACCCGGACAUCAUGGGCGUCUCAACCUCAUUUUGCGAGGAUGGCGCCGUCAAGACGUCGCCGCAGCGCGUGCGCAACCUCGAGGUGAUCAAGCUGAUGCAGUCGCUCACCUCGAAGGAGCUCGUCACCGAGCGCUUCGCCUGGAAGCACUACUACUGGUUCCUCAAGGACGAGGGCAUCGAGUACCUGCGGGAGUACCUCCACAUCCCCGAGGACGUCGUCCCAAACACGCUCAAGAAGUCGACCAAGCCCGCGGCGCCGGAGCGCCCGGGUGGUGACCGCGAUGGCGAGCGCGGACCGCCGCGUGGCGACCGCGAUGGCUACCGCCGCGGCCCGCCCGGCGGCGAGGGGGGAUACCGCGGCUUUGGCCGUGGCGGCGGCGCCCCGCGCCCGCCUGCCUAGGCAGGCGCGUCCGCGUCCGAUUCGGGAGUCUUGGCGGAACAACCACCACCCGCUCGAGUGUUUGGUUCUCUCACUAGCCCGCUGCUGUACCGCCCAACGUGGGUGUAGGCCACCCCUUUCGAGGAGUGUGCUGUUCGCUCGUUGGUCGGGCGGGGCCGCGCUUGAGCGUGUUGGGUGGUGUGCGUUUUGUUUGCAGUCUCCCGCUUGAGCACUUGGAGCACUUGGAGUGCGGUCAUCGGUCGCACGCCCAGGGCUGGGGCGCUGAGAAGCGCGCACAGCC